CGGAGCAAAAGACGGCGCGGGCGGGUCGGGAUAAUUACUGCCGCACGCGGGAGCCACGUUGCUGCGUUGAGAAGCCGGUGCCAAAUUCAAUUCCUUCCUUCCGUCACACCAGACGCGCACCCCGAGCGAAGGGCGCGUCUCCCGACACUCCCCAACAUGAGCUCUUCACCGGCGGGCGAGGCAUCCUCUGCCCAUGGCGGCCCACAUCUGCACUCGCGCACCCUGUCGUUCGACUUCGACCAGGACGACAGUUACGACUUCGAGGAGGAUGCACAUGUCGAGGACGACGGGGAUUAUUCUGCAAGGAUGGAAGCCGUACUCGGCGAGGAUGCGGAGGAAGACGAGGGCGAGUACGAAGACUACGAGCACGAACAAGAGCCGGAUUUGUCUUGGAUGGACGAAGACCCACAAUCAUCGUACCGCGACCAACUACGCGACGUUCUGGAAUCGGAGGACUCGGGGGAGGAACUGGGGGAUGGUCCCGAAGAACAUCAUUCAGAGGCACAGCCGCACAUUGUCACCCAAGAUGUGGACGAGCACCAGGACACGCUCUCCUCACCUUCGACACCUUCCAUGCCCAGAACACCACAGCCUACCGAGUCCCCUUUACCGAAUGGCUCAGCUCCUCGGCUCGCGAAACCCUUCCUUCACCCUACUGUCUCCCGUUUGCGCUCCUACACCCCUCAACCUUCGCGCGCACCUUCCUCCGCAAGCAUGGGUACACUAAACCCGCCAGGGCUCGACACGCCCGGAGGCUCCCAUUUCUCUGCACUCUCCCGCAUGUCCUCCUUGUCAAAUCUCCAGCAGCUACCGUCCGCCUCGACAAACGAUCACUCUAAUGGUCACAUCCCUGCGCCUGAUCGCGAGGUCUUCCGCUGGACGCUCCUGCGUAACAUCGGCCAGCACGUAUAUUCCAGUAAUCCACAGAAGACUGCGUCUCUUCUGGGCGCUCCUGCCAUCGGCGCUCCCACCGUCCUUGCUGCCAAUGGUCUCAUCUGCGUCGGCACGGACAACGGGAAGACCUCCGUGUACGACUUUACGCAGAAUUUGAAGUGCAUUUGCGGCUCGGAGGAUUCGCAAACGGUUGGCCCUGUUACCGCGGUCGCCCUCUCUCACGACCAUACCUACGUCGCAACGGGACACGCUUUCGGGCACGUCCAGCUGUUCGAUCUGAAAAACCCGAAAUCUCCCGCACGAGUCGUUGCACCGACAACUAUCGAGGUCGUUGCUUCAGGUCGCCAAGAAGGCCAUAUUCGCGGUAGUAGGAUCGUCAACGUCGACUUUGUUGCUGGCAGGCACACAGCCUUGGUCUCCGCUGAUGAGCAUGGUAUGGCCUUCUACCAUAGUCUCGGCAAAGUUCUCUUCGUCGAUGCGUCGGACAUCUUGAGGAUAUUGGGCAAAUACCCCUUGGACGACCCGCCCGUAUCCCCGUCGACCAUCGUGGCAGGUCCGACGCCGAAAUCCCAGGUUCAUACCCAUGUUCCACCUGAGAGGCGAAGGCACCGCUUUACCAUGCUCGCAAUGGCACCUCUGCCAUUAGGGACAUCACCACAUUCGACAGACGCGUACAAUCUCAUCGCUCUACUGACGCCUUCCAAGCUCGUCAUCGUGGGCUUGAAGCCGACACCGAAGACCUGGCUGAGGGCACCGCGAGAGCCAGAAGAGGGGGGCGGGAAGACGAAGUGGAAGGGCACGCUUUCAUGGUUCCCCAGCGUCUCUGUCUCCCAAGGCUCGCCGAAGAAGGCUGCCAACGGCAAGGACGAGGCUGUCCCCGCGACAACUCCAAUCCUCGUAUACACCUGGGGCAACUCCCUGCGUCUGCUCAAGGUCACCGAAGUCCGUGGCAGGGAAACCGUCCGCAACCCUCGCACGGGCAAGACCACCGAGAUGGAGGUCGGCCGGAUGGCUUUCGAGGAUGCGGGCCGGUGGGCGGCGCCGUCCGAUAUCCUCGCUUCGCAGUGGUUGAACGCCAAUCAAGUGAUUGUGUUGACGGACGACAUGCUUGGCGUGUACGAUUUGCGGCACGGCGCGCUGGUUGAGCAGGUGCCGUUCAAUGGGAUGUCGCUUGUGUCGCCGUCGCUGAAGCGGUCGGUCAAUGGGUCGAUGCCGUAUUCUGUAUCCAUUCGUGAUGUGGCGCAUAGUCUACGGGCGUACAAGGGCAAGAUCUUCAUUUUGGGCCGCGAGCACCUCCAGGUCGGCACCCUGCUGACUUGGGCGGACCGGGUGCUUUCCUUCGUCGAGAAUGGCGACCUUCUGAGCGCCAUCGAUCUCGCGCGCACCUAUUACACGGACGAAGCUCCCGGCAACCGCAACGGCCUGCCGGAUGACCCCGAGCUCCGGAAAGAGACAAUCGGCCAGAAGAUGCAAGACCUCAUGCAAGCUUCCGCCCGCUACGCCUUCUCCGAAGAACGCCUCACCGACGCCACCCACAUCACGCCAGACAACCGGGGCGUCGACCGCACUGACCUCUUCGAAGGGCUCGUCCGGACGUGCGCGCGCGCCUGCAUCGCGCUCGACGACUUCGACUUCCUCUUCGAAGAUCUCUUUGGGCACUACGAUGACGCGGGCAUCACGCGCAUCUUCCUGCGCGAGCUCGAGCCGUUCGUGCUGGAGGGCGAGAUCAAGUUCGUCCCGCCGUGGAUCACGCAGCGGCUGGUGGCGCUGCACGAGGAGGAUCGCCGCCCGGACCUCGUCGAGCGCGUCAUCUGGCACAUUGACCCGGCGUGUUUGGACAUCAACCAGGCGAUUCAUCUGUGCCAGCGGUACCACCUGUACGACGCGCUCAUUUAUGUGUACACAAGGGCGCUGAGGGAUUAUGUGGCGCCGAUUGUGGAGUUGCUGGGCUUGAUGCGCAGGGUGCAGCAGCAUCGGCGGGCGCAAACGCGGUCGCCGGAGUCGGGAGGGGUGCUGGAUGAGAGGACGCUGGAAUCGACGAUCGUCAACGCGUACAAGGUCUACCCGUACCUCGCCAACGUACUGUCAGGCCUUACGUACCCGAGCGAGGAGCCGCUGCCUGCAGACGAAGUCGAUCAGGCGAAGGGGGACAUCUAUGCUUUUGUCUUCUCCGGGCGCUCGGCGUCGUGGCCUAAGCAGGGAGAUAGCAGACUAGUGCUCACGGCAGAAGAGGAGGGUGGCGUCGAGCCAACAUAUCCCUACGUGCGCCAGCUCCUACGCUUCGACGCGGAGUCCUUCCUGCACUCGCUCGACAUUGCCUUCGAGGACUUCUAUCUGACGGACGAGCCGCAAGGCAUGAGCCGGCUGGUGAUCAUUCAUGUCCUCCUCGAUGUGCUGGCGACGGGUGACCUGUCCCCCUCGGACGUGACCUUCAUCAACAUCUUCAUUGCGCGAAACGUACCGAAGUACCCCGGGAAGCUAGAGCUGCCACCGAAGACCCUGCACAAGGUCCUCAUCUCACUCGCGGAGGAUACGGACCCAAGUACGCGGGAAGACCGCCAGCUCGCAGCGGAGUACCUGCUCUCGGCCUAUACCCCUCACGACCACGAGCGCAUGCUCCGCCUUUUCGAGCAAGCCGGCUUCUACCGCAUACUGCGUACAUGGCACCGCCGCGAGCGCCGCUGGGGCGCGCUGCUCGUCGCCUACAUCGACGACCCUGACCUGCACCCCUCGGAAAUAUUCUCCAAUGCGGAUGAGGUACUCGGACAGGCCGCACGGGCGAAUCACGGGCUGCUGCCCUCGGAGAUCGUCGCGACGAUCGAGGACGCGCUGGCGCAGCUCACACAGGCGGGCCUCACGUACUGCGCGGGGCUGCUCGAUAGGCAUGUCCCGCAGCUGCACCAGCGGGCGCUGGAUACCCUGGAGGAGGGCGCCGACGCGGAGCGCUAUGCUUACCUUCGCCACCUUCUUGGGCCUGUGCAUUCGGAGGAGUACGAAGUGCCGACGAUCCUGCCGCAGAAGACGCCCUCGCAGCGUGUCCCGCGAGAUCUGCGGCACCAGUUCGUGCAGCUGCAGUGUCGGUACCACCCUGAGGAGGUCAUAUCGCUGCUCAAGACCUUCCCGGACGACUUCGUGGAUAUGAAGGUGGUGGCAGAUGCGUGCGAGGCGAAUGAGGUGUACGCUGCAGCUGCGUGGGCAGUGGACAAGCUUGACAAGCCCGGCGAUGCCCUCGGCAAGGUCGAAGCGUUCGACAAGAAGCUUACGCUUCGCGUGCUCGACUGCUUUGGCUCGGACGCUGCGGACACCAGGGAAGAGGGACUGUCUCGCGCGGUGAAGUCCAUGCAAGACCUCGUUCGCACGGGCAUCGAGAUCUGCGUAGGACGAUCGCAAGGCUCCGCUGUUGACAUGCCUCUGGAGGAUCUGUGGUUCCAGCUUCUCAAUGGCCAAAUAACAAGCGUGCAAGCCGUGUCCGGCUACCUAUCCGACUCGAAAGACGCCGACACCUCCGUCUCAGAGGCUCAACAGCAGACGCUUGCUUCUCUGCGCGCCCUCGUCCAGGAAACUUUCACUGCGUUGGUCUCCAUGAGCUCCGCACGGAUGGUGUCCUUCCCCCGUUUAUUCAAGCGGCUGGUCAGCUCGACGGCGCAAUCUGCAAAGGGCGCGCAGUACAACGAGUUCCGGACCAUCCUCACGGGCAUGCUGGAGUCUUACCGGGAGGACGGGGACAUGCUCAUCAUCUCCAAGCAUCUCGUCGAUCGAGACCUCUACGCGACAACCGCCGUGCUGGUGCGCGAGCAGGCGCGCGGCUGGGCUGCGGGGCGGGGGAUCUGUACGCGUUGUCGGCGUGCAUUGCUGGGCAAGGACGGCGUGGCCGCGGACGACGUGCGGAUCUCCGUCGGUCGGACAGGCGCUGUGUAUCACUUAGACUGCGUACCAUAGCCGUGUGGGCGGUUUACUUGCUAAUCGAGGAUUCCUACGUAUGUAUGUAUCGUAUAAUGUGAGGUGCUGAUUUAGCGAUGCA